UUUUUCGAAAAUUAGAUUCAUUUUCAUUGUAUAGAAUAUCAAAACAAUUAUAGUUGACUAGUAGAAGCAAUUUAAAAACAGUUCUUUAAUCUCUGGUGUGGCUUUGAUCGUGUCUUUACCCAUAUAACUUUGUGUAUACAUAUAUAUAUAUGUGAGUAUAGAGCUUGUGUUCGAUGCACAGCAUUAAUGUAGGAGUGCAUCAUGGCGUCGAGCAAGUCGUGUGUCAUCACCGCGAACUUUAGAUGAAAGCCUUGUUUUACAAAUAAGUGCAUUUUUUUUUGCGAAUUUUGUGUCAAUAUUUGAAAGCUUUAAUCUUCUAAAGGUCAAAUAACAUUAAAUUAGGAAAAAAAAAAUGAAUAAACGUAGGAGAACAUCGUCUGUGGCGAGUCGAGGAACAGAGGAUGAUCCUGAUGAUGUUCAACCUGAACCUACGAAGAGAAGAAAAAAAUUCGAUCCUAGUGACUUGUGUCAACAACUCUAUGACAUACUACGAACACAUAGAAAAGAAGACGGGAGUUUAUUGUGCGACGCCUUUAUCCGAGUGCCGAAAAGAAGACAAGAACCCGGCUAUUAUGAAGUCGUUUCAAAUCCAAUUGAUUUACUUAAAGUUCAACAAAAGCUAAAAACCGAUGAAUAUCGUGAUAUGGAAGAUUUAGCUUCUGAUAUUCAUCUUAUGGUUAAUAAUGCCAAAGCGUUCUACAUGCGAACCUCACCUGAAUAUAAAGAUGCAACAGAACUUUGGGAACUUUGUACUUGUACAAAGAAUCGUAUUUCAGAAGAAUAUGAAGAUGCAGAAACAAAGGGUAAAAUUAUGCUCAAGGCUAAAAAAGUAUCGGUAAAACAAGAGGACGCUGAGGACACAUCUGAAAGUUCAACAAAUCCAGAUGAAGAAUCAACACAGGUUUAUGAAGAACUUUUUUCAACUGUUAUGACAGUUACAGAUCCAACGGAUAAUAAUCGUCCUCUUCAUAGUAUGUUUCAAUUGAAACCAUCUAAGAAAUUAUAUCCCGAAUAUUAUGAGGUGAUUGAUACGCCAAUUGAUUUAAAAAUGAUUGCCAAGAAAAUACAGGAUGGAGCUUAUGGUUGUAUUGGUGAUAUGGAACGGGAUUUAAUGCUAAUGUGCCGCAAUGCAUGUCAAUUCAAUGAACCUGGUUCACAAAUUUAUAAGGAUGCAAAACUUUUGAAGAAAAUUAUUAGCGUCGCAGCAAGAAAACAAGAUGGUGGAAUGAGUGCAGCGGUGAGUAAAUCAUUGGCUAAUGCACCAUCGACAAGAAGCAAGAGGGGUACACGAAGUGGUGCUUCAUCAUUGAUUGCUCAAACUGCUGCACUACCAGACGAAGAUGACGAAAGCGAUGAUGAAGAAGAGGAGGGCGCUGAGAAUGAUGAGUCCGACAAUCCACAAUGGCAAUUGUUUCAAACUAUUCGCACUGCACCGAAUAAUCAGGGUGUUCGAAUGAGUGAAUAUUUUUGGAAACUUCCAUCAAAACGUUUAUAUCCUGAUUAUUAUAGAAUGAUAAAAAAUCCAAUUUCUUUACUGCAAAUUCGUACUAAAAUUAAGAAAGGGGGUUACGGAACUGUAAGUGAAGUUGCAGGCGAUAUGAAUAUAAUGUUCGAAAAUGCAAAAAAAUAUAACGUUCAUACUUCCCGAUUAUAUAAGUGUGCAGUGAAAUUACAAAAGAUAAUGCAAGAAAAAGUUCAAGAAUUAUUGGAAUUUGAUAGGGAAUCGGAAUCCGAAAGCGAAACUGAAUGUAAUCAACAACCAAAAUUGAUAAAACGUGCGUCAAAUGUUUUAACACGAGGAAAAUACACGGACAAUAUACCAUUAAAGAAGAGACUUUAUGCUCUUGUUAAAUGUGUAGUCGAAUAUGUUUAUGAGGAUGGAAGACAGCCAAUGUUGCUUUUUAUGGAGAAACCAUCGAAAAAAUUGUAUCCCGAUUAUUAUCAAGUAAUAAACGAACCUAUUGAUAUGUUGGCCAUUGAAGCGAAUAUAAAAGCUGAAAAAUAUCAAACUGAAAAUGAAUUGAUACAAGAUUUUAAGUUAAUGUUUAGCAAUUGUCGUCAAUAUAAUGAGGAAGGAUCAUUAAUUUAUGAGGAUGCAAAUACAUUGGAGAGAAUAUUAAUGGAAAAAGUAAAAGAAUUGGGACCAUUGCCUGAUGUGAAAAAUAAAUCGACAGCAUCAACGCCAACGAGAAAUGUUGGUUUUAUUUUUAAACGAAAUGUUAAUUUUUCAAUGUUCAGAAGACCGAAAAAGGUGGUGUCACUUCGCAUUCAAAAGUUGCGCACAAUGUAUGACACAAUCAAAGAUUAUCAUGAUUCAAAAGGUAGACAAUUGUCAUUGAUAUUCAUGAAACUACCAAAUAAAAAUGAAUAUCCCGAUUAUUAUGAGGUAAUAAAACAACCAAUGAAUAUGGAGAAAAUUGCAGCGACACUUAAAAAUCAUGGCUAUGAAAGUUUGGAGGAACUUGUUUCGGAUUUUAUUCUAAUGUUUGAUAAUGCCUGCAAGUACAAUGAGCCAGAUUCGCAGAUUUACAAGGAUGCCUUAAUUCUGCAACGUUUGGUUUUACAAACAAAAUUACAAUUGAGUGAAGAUGAAGAAAGUGUUCCUGACGUUGCAGCCGCUGUGCAAGAAAUUUUAGCCACCAUAUUUACCGCCUUAUACAAUCAUCAAGAUGAAGAAGGCAGAUGUUAUUCCGAUUCGAUGGCCGAACUUCCUGAGCAUGAUAUCGUCGACGGAAAGAAAAUUCGCGGUUUGUCAUUGGAUUUAAUAAAAAGAAGAUUGGAUAAGGGUGUCUACAAGAGAUUAGAUCGUUUUCAAGAAGAUGUAUUCACAUGUUUGGAGAGAGCACGAAAAUUAUCGCGAACUGAUUCGCAACCUUUCGAGGACAGCGUUGAAUUGCAAGCAUUUUUCCUACGCACCAGAGACGAUGUAACUCGAAGUGGCGAUCUUCUUCAUUCGCCCGCUUUAAAUUACAUGCUUAUCGAUCUUUCAACACAAAUUGCCGAACUUAAACGAAUUAAAUUGCAACAGGAAAUUUCACUACCAGCUGAAGAUGAAAGUUGCGAUGGAAAUGACAAGGAAUCGGAAUCAAAUUCAAGUACAGGAGCAAGUAAUGGUGACGGUGCAACAAUGAGUUUUAAUCAAGAAGUUUAUCGAGCUGGUGAUUUUGCAUAUGUUGAGCCUAGCGAAAGAGGAAUGGAAUUUAGUGUUGUAUUAAUUGAAAGAUUAUGGACAAAUUCAAUGGGUGAACAAAUGUUGUAUGGAAAUCUUUUUUAUCGACCUAGUGAAACCUAUCAUAUUGCAUCGAGAAAAUUUCUCGAUAAAGAAUUAUUUAAAAGUGAUGUACACAAUGCAGUGCCACUUGUCAAAGUUGCCGGCCGAUGUUGUGUUUUAAGUGUUAAAGAUUAUUUUCGUAUGUUACCCGAGGGUUUUUUGGAGAAAGAUGUUUAUGUUUGUGAAUCGCGUUAUUCAACAAAGGCAAGAUCAUUUAAGAAAAUUAAAAAUUGGAAUUUUGAUCCCGAUCGUUUGAAACUUGUUGCAAGGGAAAAAUUAAUUGAACCAAAGAGAGUGAUUUCGGUUUAUAAAGAGAGACUCGAGAAGCAUAAGGAGGAAAUUGCUGAAUUAGAGGAGGGGGAGAAAUUAAUUGAAAAAGAAAGACCGAAUGUGAUACAGUUUAAUUCAGAUGACUCAGACAAUACGUAUUAUGAACAAUACAAUACUUGUAUUGGAUCUGUAAAAACGGGAGAUUUUGUUUACGUGGCAACUGAAGGAGGUCGUCAGCAAAUUGCACAAAUUGACACUAUUUGGUCAACAAAAGAGGGUAAAACCUACAUGAAAGGACCAUGGCUUCUAACUCCAUCGGAAAUACCACACGCACCUACAAAAUUAUUUUACAAACAAGAAAUGUUUCUAUCAACGAUUGAUGGUACCCAUCCUGUUGUGGCAAUUGUGGGAAAAUGUGCAGUUCUCGAUUAUGGAGAAUAUGUUUGCAGUCGACCGACAGAAAUUCCAGAGGAUGAUAUAUUCAUUUGCGAAUCAACUUACGAUGAAACGAAAAAUCUAAUGAGAAAAUUGAACCUCGACGGACUGAAAAAAUAUAAUCACAGCUCGGCCGUUACUGACGAUGAGAUUUAUUUCUUCCGUAAACCAAUUAAUCCUGCCAAGGUAUCUAGUGAAGUGGCUCAAAUGCAGAGUCAAAUCAAACCUCUCAGUGCCUCGGGUUCUUUCGAUAUGGAUUCUUCACCAAUAAUACCGAAGCUGGAACCCGAUGUACUAAGCAUGGGAGUAGGAUUAGGAGUAGGAGUCGGUGAAGACAGCAUGGAUGCUGGUGGUCCACCAUCUGUUGGUUCUAUGGAAGCUCAACCGGUGCUCUCCAACACCCAAACGCCCGUUUCCACUAAAAAGAAAUCAACCGGUAAGAAAUUAGUAACGGGAUAUAUUUUGUAUUCGAGUAAACAUCGAACGCCAAUUACGCAAAAUAAUCCUGAUUCUACCUUUGGGGAGAUUAGCAGAAUUGUUGGUAACGAGUGGAGAAAAUUACCGGCGGGUGAAAAACAAACAUGGGAAGAAAAAGCGAUCAAAAUGAAUGAGGAAAUUGGUCAAGUAAAGGGUAAUUCCUUGCCAAUUUCUUCACAAGAUCAUUGUUUUGAAUGUUGUUGGGACACGUGUGAUUAUCAAUUUGAAGAUAUGACGGACUGCAUUGAUCAUUGUAUCGCUGAGCAAUCUGGUCAUGUGCAAACAACAUUUGCCAAUCUUAGCGGUGAAGAAAAUGUAAUAUUUCAAUGUCAGUGGCGAGGCUGUGGAAGAACAAAAAAAUCAGUUCCACCAUUUCCAAGUGUUCAAAGACUCGCGAGACACGUCAAGGAAGUUCAUAUUCUCAAAUCUAAUGGACGAAUUAUUCUACCUGCCGAUCGGAGCAAAAAUUUUGUCGCCUCAUCGAAAGGAGUCGCCGGAAUGGCUCCUAUGGAAACCGGUGAGUUGCGUGGCGUAAACCACAAAAUACGAUUACACAAAGAAACAACUGUAGCUGCAACGCAGACAAAUAAUCUUCCAACGACCAAGCAACCAGAUCCACUUUUUAUUGCAGUUCCUCCAAGACCAAGUCGACUUUUACAUUCGGACGCUUAUCUCAGGUAUAUCGAGGGUUUGAACGUUGAGAAUCGUUACAUAUCAAAUUGGGACAAACAAAUGAGUGCAACACCUGAAAAUACUCAAAUACCUGAAAUAACAAAAUUGCCAAGCGAAUGGUUGGGAAAUGGAGUUGGCAAUCAUGGAAAUGUUGUAAACGCCUUAUGGACACUGAGAAAUAUGAUGAUGCGCGAUGUAUUAGCAAUUAAUAAAACAUUGUAGUUAACUGGAAAAAUCGAGCUAUUUAAUAUAAUUUCACAUUUUUGACAUCAACAAAAAUACUCGAAAAUGUUGGUCCGCAACUCAAGACUGAUGAUUUUAUAUUUUAAAAUAAUUUUCAGAAUUUUUCAGCUCGAUUUAGCAUUGUUUUUUUUAUCAUUUAUUUUUGAGAUAUUUCUCAAAAAAAUUGCACAUAGAACACAAAAGAAACAUAAAUAUAUGUUAUUAUAUGAUCCUCAGGUACAGUCGAAAAAUUGAUAAAAAUUUUUUUUUCAAUUUUUGUGUGUACAAUGCACAUCGAAACUGCUAAAUAUGUGUAAAAUAUCUUGUAUCUCAAAUAUAUGUGAAAUAUUGUCAAAAAAAAAGAGAGAUAUUGCUAUAGGCGAAAAAAAAGUAAAAUUGUGAACCCUUAGAAAUUUUGAUAUGUUUUGCAAAUAAUAUUAAGAAACAUAAUUUGAUACUGAAUGAAUUUGUAUUUAAUUUCUUUUUUUUUUUUAUCGUUUAUCUGACAGUGAAUUUAUAUAUAUUUUUUGUUUUGUAAAUGCGAUUUGCAUUUUAUUUUCUAAAUAAAUCUUAAUGAUUAAUGUAAAUGCAAUUGAAAUUAUUGUGUGUGAAGUAUGAAUUUUUGUAAUUUUCUGUUUUUUUUUUUUUG